GACGCGGCCAUUUUCGACGAGGGUCUGUCGAGUUCGGCUCCGGAGCUGCUGGAUGUAAUUUCGUCUUCUGUCAGUUUGGUUGAGAAAACAGAAGUGCCAGACAGGAUUAAAGAUGAUGGAAGAGAGUGGAAUAGAGACUACCCCACCAACCACUCCUCCACCUCCCCUCAGUGCGGCUGCCGCCGUCAGACCUCCUCCUCUCACAGUGGGUCUGUCCAAUCCCCUGACCCUUCCCAGCACCACAGGCAUUUCCAACUUUGCCCCAGAAGGCUUCUCCACCCCAGUACGCCCCGCAGCAGUGACUUCCACCCUGCCUCCCAUGCAGUCCUCUGCCCCUCCUCCAUUUUCCCUCAGCCCCAUGAACCCUCUGUCCACAGCCUCCCCAGCCCCUGCUCCUCCACUUGGUGGGGGUGUGCCUUACAGCAGCCCUAUGGUCCCCUUCACCUCCCCCACUCUUCCACCUCCCCUUGGCUCCACUGCCCCUCCUCCAGGCCCGGUUCUCUCUGCCCCACCCAUGGGGCCACCCACCACCGGCUUCACUACGAGUGCAGGCUAUGACAUCACACGCGGACAUGCUGGUCGCACGCCACAGACGCCGCUGAUGCCUAGUUUCUCUAGUGCUCCCCCCAUGCCAGGUGUGGUUACCAACCCAAUGAUGCAACAGCCAGUCAUGUCAGGUGGUUUGGAGGUGAGCUCCCCCAUAACCUUCCCAGAGGACCAUGAGGAUCCGAGAGCCGUCCAUGAAAUCAGUUCUGGAGGAGGAAUAUGGGGCUUCAUCAAGGGUGUUGCUGGUAACCCCAUGGUGAAGACAGUCCUCGACAAGACCAAGCACUCCGUGGAGUCCAUGAUCACUACACUAGACCCUGGAAUGGCUCCAUACAUUAAAUCAGGCGGUGAUGUGGACGUUGUGGUGACGUCUGAUAAGGAAGUUAAAGUGGGAGCAGUACGUGAUGCCUUCCAGGAGGUGUUCGGCAUGGCCAUGGUGACUGGAGAGGCAGGCCAAUCCAACAUUGCUCCUCAGCCAGUGGGCUAUGCAGCAGGAGUGAAGGGAGCCCAGGAGCGCAUCGACAGUCUACGGCGUGCUGCCGUAAUCCAUGAGAAACAGCCUGUGGUGUCUGUGGAGAAUUUCAUAGCUGAGCUCUUUCCAGACAAGUGGUUUGACAUUGGGUGUUUAAUUCUGGAUGACCCUGGCAAUGGCAUCCACAUCGAGACUUUCACACAGGCUACUCCUGUGGCUCUGGAGCACGUACAACAGGCGCAGUCUCUCACUCCUCCAGAUUACAGUCUGCGCUGGUCUGGCCUGCUCGUGACCGUGGGAGAGGUGUUGGAGAGGAAUAUACCCAAUGUUAGCCGUACAGACUGGCACCAGGCCUUCACUGGCAUGUCCCGCAGACAGAUGAUCUAUAGUGCCGCCAAGGCUCUGGCUGGCACAUACAAACUGCGGCUUCCCCCCAGGACGGUAUGAGUUCACAUAAACGCCCGUCUCCCCUCAAAGACACACAAACGCCCCAUCGCCCCUCUGAGUGGCACACCCAUCAGCCAACCUGCAAUCAGUUCUUGACAUAAGAGGAUAUGUCACGUCCAUUUCUAGUACGUUUUUAAUCAUGUGAAUCAUUCUAGUGUUCACUGACUGAGGGACAAUAAAUGUCAAAAGAGAACUUCUAGUUUGUUGCCUAGUGUCAUUACAGACAAAAAUUUGGUUAAUGCUGCUCAAGAAGUCUGUGCAGUUUUGGUCCUUCUUUCACGCAUAUGUGUAAAAGCAAGUUAUAAUUUACCAGUCCAUAUAUGUGCUGUGACUUGUGAGACCUUGAAAGGUAUCCUAGGUGAUUCCUGAUUACCACAAGAGGGCUAUAUUGAGUAAGUAUAUAGACUUUCUGGGAAAAGAGCACAAUGUAUUACCACCUUUGGACCAAGAAGAGCCCAUUGCACAGUGUAGCAUAUUGUACUAAAAUAACAUUGACAUCCCAAUCUAAGUACCAGAAAGAGGAUACUGGUAGCAGUUAUUAGUAUUCCAUACCCUGUUAUAAUAUACAAGAUUAUUUAUAGCUUAUUAUAGAUUCAGUACUGAAGAAGGACUGAUGUAAUUUACAGAAAAUAAAAGGAAUGUGUUGCAGGAUUUGUUUAAUAGUUUCAUAGCUGUUGUAAAAGAAUGAUUUCAUGUCCUCAAUUACUGAUUUUGAUCCUACGUUGAUGUGUGUCAUGCAGACUAUUUAUAGCCUAUUCUGCUGCGUGGGCCUUUGUUAGUACAGACUAUUAAUCACACCACGUGUCAGGAAUAUCCAACAGUCAAAUAAUGAGCCCAAGACACUUUGGAGUUGAGUGGUUUUAUGUCUGUUAGACAAGUUCUUAAAGGAAGCUUUCACAAGAAAACAAGAAAAUUUGUUUUUGGACAUUGAGCAAAGCGCUGGAUGAAAUGGAGAUAAUUAGAUUUAUUUCACUCUCCCAGGCCUUCACAUGUACGAGCAUUUUUAAGUGUUAAUCAUAAUAUUAAUGAUGUUGCUUUUAUAUAUGCGUGAAAGUUGGGCUGAAUCUGUAUUAGUCUACACAUUUUUGAACUGGUUCGUAGCAUAAGUAGAUCUUCAGUGCAGAGGCAAAAUCCCUCAGGGAGAGAAGAGGGCUGGCUACCCCUAUGAAAUAUUGAUGACCGUUAACAUUUGUAAAAGUUUAUAUUGAGUCCUUGUCACACAGUCUGUCCCCUUGUACAUGGUCGCUUGAUUUUUAUUCAAGAUUGUUUUUACCAAUGUUUAUAAACACGUUGUGCUGUGUAAAUAGAGUAAAUAUGUGGUAUUCUGUUACCAAAGGACAUGUAUACAGCCUCAGUGCAAGAGCUUUUGGUGGAUGAGAACUUCUUUCUUUUUGCUUUUUCUUUUUUUGUUUUUUUUUGUUUUUUAACAAAUACUUCGGGAAUUUUUGUGUUGCUACUUGCCAAAUUUCUUGAUACGGUUGUUGUUGUUCAUAGCAUUAUCAAACUUGACUAGGAUCGCCGUAUUCUAGCUUGAAGAGUGCAUAAUCUAAUAUUUGCACAAAUUGUAAGCCUUAAAGUUUAAUAUCUUUAUUAGUACUGUUUUACAUUUCAAGGUAUCGUUGGACAGCAUUUAAUAACUUGGAAAUGGAAUUUGUUGAACUGAUCAUUUGGAUCAGUGUUAUGAUGUCACCUUAUAUUAAAAUGUCGUCGCUGUCAGAACAAAACCUGAAUGAUAACUUCUUGAAGAAUGAAAAAUAUUUAAUGGAAGUUAUUGUAAGAAGAUUAUUUCAAGUAAUGUUGGACCAUUGCUGUUGGUCUGUUUCUCCAGAUAUUUUAACAUGAUCUAAAGGGCCACCAUAGUUUUCAAAUUACUUUAAGACAAAAAUGAUACAAGGUUUUGUCCUGAGAGUGACAGUAUCUAAUGAUCUAACGUAGUUGGGAAUCUUACGUUAAUGUACUCAAUUUUUUGUGUUAGCUGCAUCAAAUGUCAUCUCAGUGUGUUUUAUUUAUAGUCCCUCUCCGUUAAUGAAAGAGCUAAACUAAAUGAACUUUAAACUUGCCGAUUCUGCAGAUGUUGUCACUACCCAGAAAAACGGUCAACACAUUUUCACUGUAAACAUUAUUCGAAGAUAAUGUUCCAGUAUUACCUUGUGUAUAAAAUUCAACUCAGUAAUCAAACUGUUGAAGCUCAUCUGCUUCUAUUGAUAUGAAGGGUUUUUCCUCUCACUCUCUCUGUCAAGUGAUGCAACUUAUGUAAGCCCAAAGUCCAAAACCUAUCUCAGAGUGAUACAGAACCAUAGGAAAACCAGAAAACUGUGCAUGACCUCUGGGAAUAUUGAAAUACAACAGCGGCGAGUUUGUUGAGAUGUGAGAUGUGUAGUGCUGUAAUGUUUUGUGUCAAGGCCAAAAUCACUGUCAGGCAUGGACAGCAAGAUGCGUGAUGUAAAUGAAGAGAUUUGAGAAGAUGUAGCAUUGUCUCAGAGCAUCAUAGAUGGAAAAACAGCAACAUACCUGCCUUUAACAUAAUGUAAUGUGUUUGUAUUUCUAAAACAGAUAAUGGACGUUUGUUCUUAGACGUCCAUGGAAUUGUACUUCCUAAAGGUGCCUUCUGCCAGCAGAAGAGUAAAGACCUUUUUGGUAAA